CAUCGGUUGAAUAGCUGAUUAGCACUAGUUGAUCGGAAAACUUUUACUAGUUGACACCGAGUUCCCCUACUAGUGCAAACAAGUGUAAUCCGUCAUAAUUUAUACUGUUUUUUGUCCAUUAGCUUCAAAGUCCGCACUUUCACUAGGUGCAAAAGAAAGCACAUUAGCGGGACAGUGAUAAGUUUGCGGUAGAAGUCGUUGAUACCUCCCAAACGUGAAAAAUUGUUACACAAACCAUUAAGGGAUCACCACAGAACCUGAACAUAAGUGGAGCCCAUAAGGCAGAGAGGGACCGAACUUUUUACUAUUCCCCAGAUGUUGUUGCAGCAAUUUUGGAGGGAUCGGUCACUACGAAAAUAAAUCUCUGUCGAGUUAGUGUGCACUAAACUAUCAGAAAGCAAAGCAACACGACUAGGGAAGCAAAAUGCCGAAUCAUAUCACUCGCGAAAUACACACAGCGAAGUUUACUUCCACUGACUUUUUCCAAAUGACUCUGAGACCAUACUCCGCCUAUCUCUACUGCCAAAGCGAAUUCGAUGCGAGGGACAUCAAGGGAACUAUCAAACUUUAUCCACGAGGAUGUUGCGAAGAGAACAAGAAUUGGCUGUCUCUGUACGUCUUAAUCAAACGCGACCCUAGGGCGGAAGUCCAGGCUAAAGUGUCCUUUUACCUUAAAAAGGCAAAUCAAACUCGAGGCGUUGUCAGUCAAACCGGACAAUAUCAUCUGAUUUUUCAUCCCCACGCUCUUUGGCAUGUAAGUCAUCUGAUUCGCACUGAAACCGUUUUGGAUCCAAGUGAAGGAUAUCUAACUAAAGAAGGACAGGUUCAAAUAGACAUUAGCAUUGAGGUCCGAGUGAAUAGGACCCCAAGCAGAUUCGCCGCCCCGCCGAUAUAUGAACAUCGGGAAGAAGUCCUGCAAACACUGAAGAACGAGGCGUUUCUGGAAACCUGUGAUAUGGAGUUUUUGGUGGAGGGAAAAGUGUACCGCACUCACAGGUGGAUCAUAAUGUGCAAUGCAUCGAUAAGGUUUCUGCUUCAAGAACUCGGGAACAAUUUCGAUGGUCCAAUCCCGCUUCCUACACUGUCAGGAGAAGAUUUCGAGGACCUUGCCAUGGAGUGCUAUAUGGUGUCGAACAGGUUUUGCAAGAAGUGCUUCCACUAUCGUGGUUUGAGUGAUCAAAGGUGCUGCUCUGGAAAGUGGAGAGCUAAUGAAGCCGAUUGAUCCCGAGGUGCCUGAAGUCGUCCUGGGAACAGGACACGUUUUUAAUAUUUGAGGUAAACCAGGAUUAUACGAAUUUAUUGACCAUGCAACCUUGCAAAAUCGAUUUUAAAGUGUGUUAAGUUUUUAAAGGGUAUCCUUCCGAUCCCAUCGUUAUUGUCCGUGUCUCUCUUAAGUGCCGCCACGUGUAAACAUUUAUUAAUCAAUUAGACUAUUAAGGACAAUUAAUUACGCUAAGAUUCCUCUACAAAAUCAGCAAUUUGUAGCUGAGGGGGCUUUGGCUAAUUAAAUUUUCAAAUAAUCGACAUUAAGCAACGAAACUAUAGAAAGGACAUUAAUUUCUGUUCAUAAGGAAAAUAAAAUGGUUGCAAAUA